UUCAGUAUGGAUCAUUGCAAGUUGAUCAUCUGAUCAUUAGGAUUGUAUUUUUUCAUUGAGGACAGUGUUUUUGUUCCGCUGUUUAACGAUGGGAGACGGAGGACAAAGGCGCAGAUGGGAAUACUGGUGUGUUGCUCUGCGUUUCUCUUUGCUGCUGUGCUUCGUGGAGCAGGUUUCGGCUCAGAUAAGGUACUCUAUUCCAGAGGAGGUGACAGAGGGAUCCGUUGUUGGAAAUGUUGCUAAGGAUUUGGGUCUUGACGUCAGUACUUUGGUGGGGAGGCGGUUUCGUAUCGUUUCUGGAUCUAAGGACGCUCUUUUCCAGGUUAAUCAGAACAAUGGCGUCUUGUAUGUUCAUAAGAAUAUCGACAGAGAGGAGCUCUGUGAAGGCACUGGCGCGUGCAUGAUAAACCUGAAAAUCGUUGUUGAGAAUCCUCUAGAAAUACAUUAUGUAGGGAUAGAGAUAAGUGAUGUGAACGACCAUUCACCCAGUUUCUCAGAGAAAGAACAGAAUUUGGAAAUAGCAGAAUCUACUCUGCCAGGCACAGGUUUCCAGUUACAGGCAGCACGUGAUCCAGAUUCCGGAAUGAAUUCUGUUCGUUUAUAUAAAUUAAGCCAUACUGAAUAUUUUGAUCUGGAGCUGCGGGACACUGGAGAAGAAGGAAAACUCCCUGUUUUGAAAUUACAUAAAUCUCUCGAUAGGGAACGUGAAAGCAAACAUAUUUUAGUUUUAACGGCCAUCGAUGGCGGUAGCCCGCCAAGAUCAGGGCAUGUCAACAUUUCAGUCACUGUUCUUGAUAAUAAUGACAACAGACCUAUUUUCAACCAGGACGUUUAUUCUGUGACAAUACAUGAAAACGGUGCAGUUGGAACAAUUGUUGCUAAAGUCAAUGCUACCGAUUUGGACGACGGUGUCUAUUCUGAAAUUAUAUAUUCAUUCGUGAAAAACCUAAAAAGAAAAGUAUAUGAUACUUUUAGCUUAGAUUCCAAUACCGGUGAAAUAUCAGUGAAGGGUAAUAUCGACUUUGAGGAUACUGAAGUUUACAGAGCUGAUGUUAUGGCAUCAGAUAAAGGACAGCCCCCUAUGAGGACAGAAUGUAGGGUUGUCAUAAAAAUAAUUGACGUAAAUGAUAACAAACCCGAGAUUGAGGUAACGUCCCUUUCCAAUAAGGUCUCUGAAGAUUCCAAACCAGGAACUGUUAUUUCUCUCGUAAGUGUAACUGACAAAGACUCCGGCAUUAACGGUAAAGUCAUUUGCAGUCUGUCAGAAGAUGUACCUUUUGAAUUAAAACCUUCAUUUCAAGACAACACGUACUCUUUAGUUACGAAGCAGCGUUUAGAUCGAGAACUUGUGUCCCUGUAUGACAUCACAAUAACAGCCACUGACUGUGGUCAGCCUCCUCUGUCCACAUUCAACGCUCUGAACGUCCAGGUAUCAGACGUGAACGAUAACAGUCCAGAAUUCUGCCAAAACCCUCUUGAGCUGUACUUAAUGGAAAAUAACGGACCUGGUGGGUCCAUAUUCUCUGUAAGCGCCGCAGAUAAAGACUUGAAUGAAAAUGCUGCGAUUUCAUAUCACAUUGUUAGAGGGGAAGGGACACAAAAUGCCAUGGCACCUUUCCUGAAUAUCAAUUCUGAUAAUGGACUUAUAUCCGCACUGAAAAGCUUUGACUUUGAAACGCUCAAAACGUUCCAAUUCCAAGUUGUAGCUACAGACUCUGGAGCUCCACCACUAAGCAGCAACGUCACAGUGAAUGUGUUCAUCCUGGAUCAGAACGACAACGCUCCAGUGAUCUUGUAUCCAGUCAGCGCUAAUGGUUCCGCUGAAGGUGUGGAGGAGAUUCCCCGCAAUGUGAACGCAGGCCAUUUGGUGACUAAAGUGAGAGCCUAUGACGCUGAUAUAGGAUAUAACGGCUGGUUAUUAUUUUCACUGCAGGAAGUUACUGACCACAGUCUCUUUGCUUUGGACCGUUAUACAGGACAGAUAAGGACACUUCGGUCAUUCACAGAGACAGACGAGACUGAGCAUAAACUGGUCAUACUGGUGAAAGACAAUGGGAACGUCUCACUCUCAGCAACAGCUACUGUGAUUAUCAACGUUGUGGAGCCCAAAGAGGCUUUUGCAGCUUCUGAUGUUAAAAACGAAGUAAAAGACGAGGAGGAGAACAGCGUUACAUUUUAUUUGAUCAUAACUUUGGUGUCAGUUUCAGCACUUUUUAUCAUCAGUAUCAUCGUGUUGAUUGUAAUGCAGUGCUCCAAAGCCCCAGUCGAUCCCUCCAAGUAUUUACAAGAUGUGAAUUACGACGGGACACUGUGCCACAGCAUUCAGUACCGAUCCGGAGACAAACGGUACAUGUUAGUUGGACCCAGAAUGAGUAUAGGUUCUACUAUAGUCCCGGGCAGCAAUGGGAAUACUCUAGUGCUACCCGACCACAGGAGAAUAAUUUCUGGAGAGUGUUCGUGA